AUGGAAUCCUUCGAACAUCAUCGAAUCGACCUAGAAAGACUCCUAGAAAAGACCUCCGCUUCUGGAAUUGACAUCGAAGAGAUCCAAAACGCGAGUAGAUUUUGUCGUUUCCUGGGCACGCAAGAGGACAGCAAUGCCUUCUUUGAUUCGCCCUCAACGUCGGAUAAGGUAAUAUCGGGCUUCCAGCAGAGAUUGUUUGAUGUUGCGGUGUCGGGCUUUGAAGACGGCGAUACGCGAGCACCGGACCUCAGACGUUCGGCCAGUGCGCUCCGGCUACUGUACAAUGCUGGAAAUCUGAGCACAAGAUUGAAACAAACACUGCCCCAAGAUUGUCUACGAUUAUUUCGUGCUCUACUCCGAAUAAAAGAGCUGCGCCCGGAAGUGAUAGCUGUGAUUUUUCAACUUUCCGAAAAGCUAUAUACAGUCCAUGCACUAGACGACGAGUACAACAAAUUAUUGGGCGAGCUUGUGUUACUGUGGGAAAAGGACGGGAACGAACGCCAGUGGAUCGAUGCGUUGUUGAUGACUCGUUUGGAUGAUGACGGGGCUUUUCUUGCGCACGCUUUCGCCGAUUUCGAACCCGCCCAUUUCCUGGCCCUUCUAAAUGUUACUGACGUUUUUCUGGAGGCAAAGCUCGAGGUGCACAACAACAACAUCCAAUUCGUCAGCGAUCUGAUUUUGCGAAUAUUCUUUGAUUUCGAGAACGAAGAGCUGCAGAAAAUUCGACUUGAUUUUUAUUUGGAGAGUUUGCUCCCCGGAAAUGCCAAAGCACCGAUUUCAUUUUUUUUAAUGCAUUCGAUCAUCGUGAACCAGAGCUGCGCCUCCCUUGAUCGAAUCGGUAGCGCGAGCUCGAGAGCCUCAAGAGCCCGCUUUUCCGCCAGAUCACAUGCAGCUGACGAUGUAGAAUUGGGACUGUCUUUUAGGCCUUCCCGAAUUGACGCAUUCACCGAUCGCCCGGUCAUUGAUGAGAAUUCAUUUGCUGAUAGCGAUACACCGGCCACGAGUCGUUCCUCUUUACAAGCUGAUAAAUUAGAAGUGGAGGCAGACGACGGCCGAGAUAGCGGCAUCCAAGUGGAAUUCGAGGAUGUCCAACAUUUUCGAGGUCUCAAACGCCUCAACAAACGGCCACCACCCUUUUCGAUCGAAGCCCAUACAACGAAAUACAUCCCGCGUGGUAGUGUCAAAGUAACGCCAAAAACCCCGAAUCCCGAACGAUGGCCCUCCGCUUUUUAUUUCCCCGACGAGGACUCUGCGGCCGUUUUGAAAGAUGAGGAAUUAGUCGAAGAGCCUCGCUUCCAACUUUCGAAAAACUGUCUGGUGAUGUUUCUGCUAUUCCUCGUGAUAUUUGCCUGCUUCAUGGGCAUUUUCUCCAUCGAUAUGGCCCAUUAUUAUACCGCAAAGCCAGAGCCGAAUUUCCCGGGGUACGCCAAUCUGCCGCUUCAGCCCCUGCCCGCCGACCCGUCUGCCAUCUACCGU